ACCACCAUCAAAUACAGACAUUCAUCUUGUUCGUGGCUUCACCUGCAUCGCUUUCAGUCAACAUGAUUGCAGUCAGCGAUCUCCAAAGCCUUCUGCCAACUGUGCUGAUCUGGUUUGUUAACUUCAAGUCCUGCUUGUCUGAAGAUAGAGAAAAUGCAACCACGGAGUACACAGAGUACAGCUUCCCCAGUCCGGAUUAUGACGAGUUUCCGACGCUCUGUGAGAAAGGAUCCAACCGGAAGUUCCGCCUCUGGUUCAUGCCCACCUUCUUCUCCGUCAUCUGCCUGCUGGGUCUGACAGGAAACCUUCUGGUCAUCCUCACCGUCUUCUUCUUCAAGCGGCUCAAGACCAUGACGGAUGUCUACCUGCUCAACCUGUCCUUCGCAGACCUGCUCCUGGCCCUGUCGUUGCCCUUCUGGGCGGCCAAUUCCACGACCGAGUGGGUUCUGGGCCUUCCACUGUGCAAAGCCAUGCACACCAUCUACAAGGUGAGCUUCUACAGCAGCAUGUUCCUCCUCUCCUUCAUCAGUGUGGACCGCUACUUCGCCAUCUCCAAAGCUGUCUCAGCCCACCGCCGCCGAUCUCAGGCAGUGUUUUUCAGCAAGGUGUCAUCGGCAGUCAUCUGGGUGAUGGCGCUGAUCUUCUCCAUACCUGAGAUGGUGUACACCAACAUCAACAACAAGACCUGCACCCCGUUUUCCAGCAAUAGCGACCCACUUCGAGUCGGCAUCCAGUCGAGCCAGAUUGUCGUGGCUUUCAUCCUGCCUCUCCUGGUCAUGAGUCUCUGUUACAGCAGCAUCGUCAAGACGCUCUGCCAAGCUCGUAACUUUCAGCGGAAUAAGGCCAUCAAAGUGAUCCUCGCUGUGGUCAGCGUCUUUCUGGUCUGCCAGGUUCCGUAUAACAUCGUUCUGUUCUGGACCACGAUUUUAACAGCAAAAGGUGGAACAGAAGAUUGCAAUUAUGAGAACGGCCUCCUCUACGCCACCGACGUUACCCAGUGUAUCGCGCUACUGAGAUGCUGCCUGAACCCGUUCGUCUACGCCUUCAUCGGGGUGAAGUUUCGUCACGACCUGCUGAAGCUGCUGAAGGACUUGGGCUGCAUGAGUCAGGAGAGGUUCUUCAAGUACACCUGCGGCAGGAGGAGGAGCUCUGGAGCCACAGACACCGAAACGACCACCACAUUCUCCCCUUAAAUCCGUUUCAGACCAAACCACGUCACGGACUGUUGAACAUUUGGACUAAUGUCUGAAAAAAUGCAUACAUUUCACUUGUAAAUAGCAGAAGUUAUCAUUGAAAUUCAAAUCUUGUUGUUUUUUUUUUAUCCUAACAAGGCUUUGGUUAUGUUUUUUUUCAUUUACUACAGUGUAGAGUGUUUCAAGGAAGUCUUUGUGUUAAUAAAAAAGUUUUUUGACCCUUAUAAAAUGCACCAAACUGUGUCCAUUAAAGUACCAGAACAAACCACAGUUCUGUACCCCCACUGUGCUUUUUUUCUGCAUUGUAUGCGAUUGGCAGUAUUUUAUGAUAUUCAUAGAAGAUAAAAAUCACUGGGGCUGAAAAAUGCUGCAUUAAAAGCAUAAGUGUUACUUCAAAAUGUGUAAUCUUGCUUCUCUAAACUUGUUAAAUUUUUAGAUAUGUCGCUCAGCGGCUUCCAAAAUGACACUUCGUUUUAAAAAGAAAUUAUUAAAUUUUGCAAAAAUGAUGCAACAAAAACAAAACUUGGCUGCUGCACACAUUUAUGUACAAUAAAUACAUUUAUAUCUAAA